UCUUUAUAUUAUUAUUUUUUAAUUCAAAAAUAUUUUUAAAAACAAAUAUACCAAAAAUAAAAAUAAAUUAAAAAAUAAUUGAAAAUGAUGAAAUAAUUCUUGUUUGAAUAGCUAUCAAAUAGUGUUCAAAAUACCACAAAUAAAUUACUAACUCAUUUAGAAGAUAAUUAAAAGAUCAUAUCUCUGCUAGAUAAUCUCUUAAAUUCUAUGACUAAUUCCUAAGUUGAUUAGAUGUAAAUUGAAUAAGUUUAAGAUGAUAUUGAAAAAAUAAGUGAUUUUGUAUCUGAGAUACUUGGAACUUUAGAUUCUUGCCUUUUUACCUUGGAAUAUAACACAUAAAAGUAUGUUUAGCACUUAUCUAAAAAAAAGGAUGAUAUCUAAGCGCUAUCAAAUAUCGAUAAUAUUGAUGUUUCGAUCUCUUAAAAUGGAAGAGCAUAAGAGCAUUAAUUAAUGAGAAAUAAUAUAUUUAUGGGCAAUUAUAAUAACAUGAAAUCUUAACCUGUUUAUUUAUAUUAAGGCUAAGAAUAAUAUUUGCAUGAUGAAAAUGAGGAAGACUAUAGCCAAAAUGAUUAUUAGCAAAUGAAUAAUGGUUUUAAUGGGAUAGAAGGAGAUGAUGAGGAUGAUAUGUAUGAUGAAGAAGAAAACGAUUAAAUUUAUCUAGGAGAAGACGAAUACAAUGAUUAAAAUUAAAAUCAUUAACUGAAUAUGAUAUAAAAUAAACCUUAGCAAUUUUAAUAAAUGCAAUAGCAAAACGCUUAAUAAAUGUAUCAAAAACAACAAUAGAGUUAGCUUAUUUAAAAAAAUUCAGUAUAGACUAUACCAGACAAAACAAAAUAAAGCAAAUUCAUGGAAUUAGAACCUAGCUCUAACAAUUAGAAAACAACUCUGAAUUCUAACUUAAACAUUUAAAAACAAUCUAGUAAGACAAAAACUGUUAGUGCUAACCUUACUGUCAACGAUAUAUUUAACUGA